AUGGACACACACUCUACCUGUGGAGCUGGAGGUACAGUCAGCCUCUUUAACCACGUGCACCUGCCAACGCCGUGGCAGCCGGCUCGGCAACCAGCAGUCAGUCGGGCUGAGGCCCUGAGCCCCAACUGUCAGAAGGCUGAGGCGGAGGAGUUUGGGGCUGUGGGUAAGUCCCCCUGGGGUCAGACCUGUGGACUUGGGCAGGAGCUCUGGUGGGCUGGGGCAGCGAAGUGUGAUCUUGGGCCCCGGGAGGCGCGUCUGAACAGGUCUGUGGAGGACACGACCCUGGGGUCUCAGCUGGGGCUAGAGUUAGUCCUGGAGGCCACGGAAUCCUCUGCAGGGCCUGGGACGCCUUUGCCCAAAUACCGCAGUGUGGCCACGACCCUGAAGUCCCCUUCCAGGACUGGCGCUGCUCCUCCUGGGACUCUCCUUCACCUGCCCCUUUGCCAUCCAAGCACCUGGCACAACUUGCUCUCCAGAUAUGCAUCUUACCACCCGUGUCUCCACAUGGCUGACUCAGCAUGGCAGGGGCCUGGCUGGUUGGGAAGAGUUGGAGAUGCUGCUGACACAUGGGUCCUGGCAAGAAGGGGACCAGAUGGCUUUUAUUACCAGGCUCAGAUAAAGGCUGCUCCAGAGCUGGAGAGACGGGGCGCCCUGCUUGUGGAAUUUGAGGUUCCCCUCGUCACAGACCCAAAGCUGCCAGCCCAGCGGCAGAACGUGGUCUUAGAAGAUGAUGUCAUUCAGUUCUUGCCGUCCACGUAAUGCUUGCUGCGACCUGGGGACACGGUGCUUGCCCCCUGGGAGCCAGACCAACAGCGGUAUGGCCCUAGCACCGUUCUCUUGGCCUCAGAGGCAAGAGACCCCCAGAGAGCAUCAAAAGAAGGAGAAAUUACUGUUCACUUCUGGAAUGGCAGGACAGCUAGUGUGUCUAGAGGUGGGGUCAGGUGAGUGCCCCCUCCUGUCUGGAAGAAGGCUGUGGGGAGGCCGCACAAGCCUUCAGUCGAGGAGCACGCUGGCGCCCUCCUCUGGGCCCCUUGCUGCUCUCCACUUGGACCGGCUGCUGGAUGGGUCACCAAUGGGCUUUCUCCGGGCACUCUGUUCCUGUGUCCUCCCUGCGUCCCCCAGGCCUGCUGCCAACUGCUGGGCCAGGGCUGCCUCUGCCCUUGCCCCUUGGCUGGACCUACCUGGUGGCCUCUAACCAGGGCCAAAGAACAUCCAGAGGUAGAACUGAAGCCCACAGCACCACGUUUGCCCCUAGAGGGUCCUAAAGAAGAGGAAAGAGGGGUGCAAGCUCCCCUGGGGGUUUCUUCUUCUUCCUCUUCCUCCGAAGAGGAUUUGGAGAAUGAUCUGCACGUUAGCCUCCCCCAGAGGCUGAUGGUGGACAGCACAGUCAACACAGACCCCAUCCUUCUUGAGAAGUCUCCAAGGAGGCAGGGUGGCCUAUGCCAGCCUGAGUGGAGGUAUUGGAGGAGAAACGGGUCCCAGCCGCACCCUGGGAAGCCAGGAACAAGACAUGGAACCAUCUGGAGAGAAAAGAGGGGCAACAAACAACAAAGGGUACAGAGUGUAGUGCUGGGGAAUACGAAGGAGCUGGUCCUGGAAGCAAGCGGCGUGAAGCCACCACAGAUCCUGCCAGAGGACGGUGAACACAGAGAAUGGAGUCCGGGAACAGCGACCCACCAGAGGGACCAAAAUGCCCUCAGACUGAAAGCCCCGAGGAGCCAGGAAGCUAAAAGAGCAGUGGUGGUAACUACCUGAGGAGGCGCUACUGAGUGGCUGCCAAGUUGUCCUGUGACGGCUGGGGACAGAGCGCAGGCCACACGUGCUGGGCGCACAAGCAGUGGCAUUCUCACACGCUAGACUUGCCUGCAGAUGAGCGUCGUGAAGGCACCUGCCCUGAGGGGCACAGGAGCCCGGUGGUCCUGGCCAGGACUCC